CAAAAACGCAGGCUGAGAAUAGGCCACCACCGCAGCCCAACCCCAUAAAUAAAAAGGGCAAACGCAGCUCGCCCCCGUAAUUUGGGUUUCACUGCAAGUAUCAAAAGAAGGCGACAGAUUUCCAGAUCCAGUCAAAUUCUAAUCACUCCCAAGAAAGUGGGAAAGAGGAAGAAACCCUAGCUGGACGAUUCGGCGGCAGAAGUCCAAGGGAAGGCGAAUUUGUCCGUGGUUUCAGCCGUCCAGCUCUCGUAGAUCUGAUGCCAACCGCUUGGACAAAUAUGAGCUUUGGAAUCAUACAUAGGGAUGUAAAUUGGGAAUGGGAAAGAAUCAGGGAGGAGUUGAGGGUAUUUGUAUAUAAUUGGAGGUUCUUGCUCACUCUCGGAAGAUCUUUUCAUGAGGAAAAAAAUAAGAGAGGAUGAGGACACAUAUUUUAUUUCAAAUAAAUAAUAGCUGUGGAGCAUUUUGGAGCUUAUGAGCUAUGGAGCUUGUGGAGCACCGCUCACCGCAAGGAUUGCUCUCUUGGAUUGCUUCAUAGUGAUGCGGAACUUGUUCUCUGAGUAAUCUAUCCAGCUUUGAAAAUGAGUGGUCGCUUUUCACGAAUGAUUUACGUUGGUAACCUGCCCGCAGAUAUUAGGGAAUGGGAAGUUGAAGAUCUAUUCUACAAGUAUGGCCGUAUAUUGGAUAUUGAAUUGAAGAUACCUCCAAGGCCUCCUUGUUAUUGUUUUGUGGAGUUUGAGAAUUCUCGGGAUGCGGAAGAUGCAAUCAGAGGAAGAGAUGGUUAUAACUUUGAUGGUUGCCGUUUAAGGGUUGAGCUUGCACAUGGUGGUAGGGGGCCUUCAUCUUCAAGUGAUCGUCGCUCUGGCUACAGUGGCAGUGGUGGCGGCGGUGGCGGCAGCGGUAGUGCAGGGCGCUAUGGCAUUUCACGUCAUUCUGAAUUCCGAGUUAUUGUUCGUGGGCUUCCAUCGUCUGCUUCAUGGCAAGACUUGAAGGAUCAUAUGCGAAAAGCUGGUGAUGUAUGCUUCGCUGAAGUUUCUCGUGACAGUGACGGAACCUUUGGUCUGGUUGAUUAUACAAAUUACGAGGACAUGAAAUAUGCUAUUAGGAAGCUUGAUGACACUGAAUUUAAAAAUCCUUGGACAAGAUCUUACAUUCGGGUGACGAAGUAUGAGGACAGUCCAUCAAGGAGCCGAAGCAGAAGCAGAAGCCCAAGGAGGAAUAGGAGCAAAUCACUGGAACGUUCUGUAUCCAGAUCAGGAUCAAAGUCUAGAUCCCCAUCUCCUGUGAAAGCAUCAAGGCCAAGAUCAAGGUCGAAGUCAGGAUCUCCUCUCCAGGCACGGUCGGGUAGUGUCUGAUUCCUAUACAACCAACCUGAGUGGAGCGGUUUUGUAGCUGGCUUUGUUGAAGGGACAGUUCGAGAGCAUGUGUUUUAUGGCAUUUGAGUCGGACUAGUUGGUUGAUAAUUUCAUUAAAACACCAAUCCUAAGAACUUGGUAUGGGAUGAUGUUUAAGCAGGGAAUGUCUUUCAACUAAAUGUGAGAUUGCUGUUUUGUAUUCUUAUUACAUUGGAGCUAAAAGCACUGUAUGCAUUUGGGUUGAACUUGUUGCAUUUGUUCAUGUAAGACUCUGGAUGCGUGAAUUUCUCAGUUUUAAUUCUUGAGGUGGUUUUCUGUGUACUACAGAAUUUGAUGUGUUUCAA